UGGCGCUUGCUCCUAGGUGCAGAAGCGAGAAGAGAUGCAGCUUUAAAGCUCGCAGCGUUACGGUGGAGAUGAAUCAUCAGUCGCGGCGGUGCAGGAGGAAGGUCACGGCCGCUGCCUCUUCCUCCGCCGCUGGAUGUGCCCAGCAUCGAGAGAAAUGAGCAAUAACCGCGGGAACGGGCGGGGGCGGCCCGGGGCUGCUUGCAGCCGGGGAACGUGGCAUCCCACCCCCAGCCCUUCCUCCUCCUCCUCCCUGCAGGCUCCAGCAGCCGCCCCGCAGCGCCGAGGCGGGGCCGGAGGCCGAGGCGGGGCCGGUGGCGCGGCGAUGGCGGCGGCGUGUCCGCGGUGGCGGGAGCGGCUCUUCGCGCUCUAUUUCCUCUCGCACAUCCCCAUCACGGUGCUGAUCGACCUGCAGGCGCUGCUGCCCGCCGGCCUGCAUCCGCCCAGCCUGACAGAGCUGCUGCAAUGGUACGCAGCCACCUUCAAGGACCCCAUGAUGCUGCAGCCCCCGGAGUGGUUUAAAGCCUUUAUCUAUUGUGAAGCCUUGCUCCAGCUGCCUUUCUUCCCGGUGGCAGUGUAUGCCUUCCUGAAAGGUGGCUGCAAAUGGAUAAGGACUCCUGCAAUUAUCUAUUCCACCCAUGUGGCAACCACCUUGUUUGCCAUCCUGGCACACAUCCUGUUCCACGACUUCUCCAAGUCGAAGCACCUGGGCCCUCAGACACAGCACGAGCGCCUGGUCCUGCUCUCCAUCUACCUGCCCUACCUGCUCAUCCCACUCCUCAUCCUCUUCACCAUGCUCUACAACCCCUACUAUAACCACGUGGAGAAGAGGAAAAGGAAGUAGUCUGCUCCUAAAGCUGUAUGUCCGACACUCAUACUGGUUUUGGUUCAGGCCCUGUGUUGACCUGGUCCUCUGGGACAAACACCUGUCUCACCUGGCUGGCUGCAGCAGCUGUUACCAGAGCACCAAGCACCCACCAGAACAUCGAGGUGGGUGGCAGUCCCCAGCCUCCCUCAGACAUCAGAAGCAGCUCUGGCAGCUCAGUUCCCUGUGGUGCCUGGGCAGGUGCAGGAGAGAGGCCCUGGCUGCUCUCCCACUGCCAGCUGUGGUACUGUGUUGGCAGUACCAGUACGGUUGGAAUGGGAAACGAACUUCCAACCAUUUGAUGUGGGGGAACAAACUACAGCUGAUACUUUUCCCAGGUGACUGUUACAGUACCCUUUCAGAAAGAAAUUUGUCUUCCAGGAGCACAUUCUGCAAAACCCCUGAGUGAUUGUACACAGAUUUACAAGGCUCUGGCUUUGGAGCAUCUCAAAUUAGAAUCCUUAACUCUCUUCCUUUGCCUUCCUUUGCUCUGCUUUGAUUUUGAUUAAUUCUGAGUGUCUGAUCAGUGGUAAGCCUGUCAAAAUCUGCAUUACUGGAGGCUUAAAGUCCACUUGGACAGUGAGGCACCCUUCCUAGAGGGCUCUGGAGCACUUCAGGAGCUGUAAACAAGGGUUUGUAAACUUCUCUUCCACAAAAUCACUCCUGCUAUGGAAAUAAAUCACUAAAGGCAUUAAGUAGCAUUUAAUCUUCUUAAGGGAAUGGCUCAAGGGAACUUCAAGCGACCAUGAGCUCACAGAGAGUUCCCACAGUAAAUAAAACCUACUACUGCUGGAAAGAAACCCAAGCCCCCAAGAAUUUUUGAGUUGUUCUGAUCUGCAGGAACCAAACUUGGAGCCUUGUGCAAGAUUCCAGGGCCCCAAGAAGGCUUCCCAGCCACUGCCUGUUUGAGGGCUGUGCUGUCAGUUGAAGCCUCCCAGGGCUUUGGGCAGUCCAGCAUCUCCUCCUUUGGUUGCUGACAGACAAAUACAGAAUGCAUCUAUUGGCACUUCAGUGUGAGCCUUCAGCUGUGAAAUGCCACUUUGGUAUUUAUAGUCUUUCCUGCUGUCGUUGCUGGCUCAGGGGGGUCAGCCUCCCUUUGCAGUCACCAACAGCACCAAGGAAAGAAUUCAGCUCUAUCAUGGCUGGAUGUACCUCAGGCAUAGCUUCCAGUCCUUCGUUCUGCCCUUUUGAGUGUCUGUAACUGCUCCAAACUGUUAAUUGUACAUUUCUGGCCCGCCCUUCCUAACUGUGGACAAAACUGAUCUGGUCAAUACAGAGAGAAGUUCCUGCU